AUGUCGCUGUUACCCCUCGACCCCCAAUCGAUCGCCGCCAUUAUUCUCUGCAUUACCGCGCUCGCGGUCAUCCACAAGCACGCCCAGCGCCCAAGCGACUUGCCUCCUGGCCCCCGAGGUCACUGGCUAUUCGGCAAUGUAUUACCGAACGCAUUCGCGUAUCGCAAAUUCGAGGAAUGGACCAAGGAAUUCGGACCAGUGUUCUCGCUGCGGCAGGGAACGAGGACCAUCAUCGUAGUCGGCCGCGUGCAGGCCGCGAUGGAUAUCAUGGAGAAGGAGGGCGCUUUCCUCGUUGACCGACCAGCAUCUAUCGCAGCUGGCGAAACGCUCUCUGGGGGUAUGCGCGUGUUGCUGACACCUGCCGGCGAACGCUUCAAGAAACUGCGAAGAGCCCUGCACACUCAUCUUCAACCCAAGGCGGUUACCACGUAUUCCCCAGUGUUAAUGCGGAACGCCCGCAAUCACAUCCUAGACCUCAUUGAUGAUCCUUCCAAUCACCAGGAUCAUGCCAAACGUUAUUCUGCCUCUGUCGUGAUGGCGCUCGCUUAUGGCCGUCAUCCAGAGGGCUACGAUGACCCAGGUGUACAGGCUGUAAACCGCUGCUUAACACGCCUUGGACUGAACUUGCGCCCUGGUCUCUGGAAAGUCGAUAUCUACCCAUUCCUACGAUACAUCCCCGGAUAUUUACGCGAACUACAAGAUGGACACAAAGAGGAGCUUGCCUUGUUCAAAGGUCAAUUAGCCACUGUUCGGGAGAAAAUGGAGCGAGACGAGGCUUCGUACUGCUUUGGGCGAUACCUCUUGGAACGCCAAGCGGAACUCGAACUCGAUGAUAACGAAGUUGCCUACCUCGCUGGUGCCCUUUUUGGUGCGGGGUCGGACACGACUGCAUCUGCUAUCAGUAUAACAGUAAUGGCGGCAGCCCUACAUCCAGAAGCUCAGGCCAAGGUACAGGAAGAACUUGACUCCGUCAUUGGCUCUGAUCGACCACCCACGAUGGAAGAUGCGAACAUGCUUCCACAAACAACCGCAUUCGUUCUGGAAACCUUCAGAUGGAGGCCCGUGACUGCAGGGGGAUUCGCACAUAAAGCCACGAAGGACAUCAUUUGGAAUAACUACCGCAUUCCCAAGGGGGCUACCGUAAUGGGGAACAUCUGGGCAAUCAGUCGUGAUCCCGCCGUUUACCCUGAGCCGGAGACAUUCAACCCCCAGAGAUGGCUGACAGAAGACGGAAAGUUACGAACUGAUAUGAGGACGUUUAGUUGGGGGUCGGGUAGACGCGUUUGCCCUGGCCAAUACAUCGCGCACAGUUCCGUGUUUUUGAACGCUGCCUUGAUGCAUUGGGCAUUCAAAAUCUCUGCCAACCCAUCUUCACCCAUUGACUCACUCGCGUUCACCGAAAGUGCAAAUACGCAUCCACUGCCGUUCAAAGUAGCCUUUGAACCCAGGACCAUGGAUUUGGUGACCUUGAGGUCAAUGUUUGAAAUGUACGGCCAGUGA